AUGACAAUGUCAAAUAAUAUUGUUAGUAUUACUAAUCUGAAACCAGGGUUGACCCUACAUGAAUGCAUUAUCUUGUGUUUCACUGAUCUCUGGCGGCCACAAAUGCACAUUGCAAGUAGAGAGUUUCCGACAAGCUGAUGAUGAAGAUUUCUGGUACGGCAUAGACCUAAAUAAAUGACAAAUGUGUAGUUUGAAUACAGUUUCUGUUUUAUCGUAUUUGCAUUAAACAUUUCCGCAACAGACAAGGUAAUUCGCUAACUCGUCUAGCAAGUUGCUUGACCAGAGUGUUUCCACGCGCAAGGUUGUUCAAAAAGUGCUGUAGUUUUUGUAGCUAGCUGGAAAGUUAACUUACCCAAAGAGCAGAAGACCUGUAGCAAAACGUCAUUAAACAGAUCAACCAGACAUUACUAAAAUGCAUUCGUUUCGUACAAACUGGACUGUCAUUCGGGUAGAUUAAACGAUUAAAUAGCAAUUAUCAACAACAUUAGCAAAGUAGUUCGAUAGUGAAAGCUAUAGCUGGAUUGGCUAGCAGAGUAAGUGACAGGUCAGAUAAAAAAACAGCUAGUCUAGUUAGCAAAACCACGCCAGCAAAGGAUCACGGAUUUGUUCGGCAUAAAAUCAUUCUGCAUACUAACGUAUGACCUUGCUAACACGAUAUUUUAAAAGAUAGUUACAGUUGUAAAUUUUGCCGACCACUUUACCCCAGUUCAGGUACUUGUUUGUUAUCUAGUUCGAGAGCUGGUAAAUUGUGCGACGGAAGUGGCUUCAGCGUUAGCUUUCCUGCACUCGGCCCAGUGGCGGCGUGCUGGGGAAUUUCCAUCCGGUAUCAGCUCCUUGAACGGAGGAGAUCGUUAAUAUUUUGCCCAGUGAUCUGUGGUCUUCCGUCUCGGACACCCCCUGCUGAAUACUUAUAAAUACUCGAGUCAUCAAGUUUUGGUACCCCGUUAGGUGUAGUGCCUGCGAAGGAGAACCUGAGAGGAGAGGCCGACACUUCGGACCGUUUUUGAAGUCUUAACAUUAGAAGGUGUGCUGGGGCCUCGCUGUGGAUUCCCAGAGGCCGGGCGGGGUGGAGGCAGUGUGUGUGUGCGCGCGUGCGCGUGACCAGACCUCGCCAUGAACGGCAGCGGCGGCGGCCAACGUGCUGCCAGGUCGCGGGGUGCCCGAGGGGCGGAGCCGGCUGCAGAUGCUCCCUGCAGCCCCGCCCCUGGGGGAGAGGAGCCCUGCGGAAGGGGUGGAGCCUGCAUCCUGAGGAAGCUGGUCCAGCUGCAGGCCCCGCCCCUAUCGCGCCACCAGCUGAAGCGGCUGGAGGACCACCGCUACAGCAGCGCGGGCCGCUCCCUGCUGGAGCCCUACAUGCAGGACUACUGGGAGUGGCUGGUCUCCCGCGUCCCCACCUGGAUCGCCCCCAACCUCAUCACCAUCGUCGGCCUGGCAACCAACAUCCUCACCACGCUGGUGCUGAUCUACUACUGCCCCACCGCCACCGAGCAGGCACCUCUCUGGGCAUACCUGGCAAGUGCAGUGGGCCUUUUUAUCUACCAGUCACUGGAUGCCAUCGAUGGGAAGCAGGCACGGCGGACCAAUAGCAGCACUCCUCUGGGAGAGCUGUUUGACCAUGGCUGUGAUUCCCUCUCCACAGUCUUUGUGGUCCUGGGCACCUGCAUCGCCGUGCAGCUGGGCACCAACCCGGACUGGAUGUUCUUCUGCUGUUUCGCGGGCAUGUUCAUGUUCUACUGUGCCCACUGGCAGACCUACGUCUCAGGCACCCUGCGCUUCGGCAUCAUCGAUGUGACGGAAGUGCAGAUCUUCAUCAUAACCAUGUACCUGCUGGCUGCCGUCGGGGGAACGGCGUUUUGGCAGUCUUCGAUCCCGGUGAUUAAUAUCCAGAUUAAAAUAGUGCCUGCCAUCUUGACUGUGGCAGGGGCUAUCUUCUCCUGUGCAAACUACUUCCGGGUCAUUUUCACAGGCGGGGUAGGGAAGAACGGAUCCACAAUAGCAGGAACGAGUGUCCUGACCCCGUUCUUCCACAUAGGGUCAGUCAUCACACUGGCCAUCAUGAUUUACAAGAAGUCUGCGGUCCAGCUCUUUGAAAAGCAUCCCUGUCUUUAUGUCAUGGCUUUUGGCUUUGUGUCUGCCAAGAUCACUAACAAGCUAGUGGUUGCACAUAUGACUAAGAGUGAAAUGUAUCUCCUUGACUUGGCCUUUCUGGGCCCAGGACUGCUCUUUCUGGACCAGUAUUUCAACAGCUUCAUCGACGAAUACCUAGUCCUCUGGAUCGCUCUGGGCUUGUCCUUCCUCGACCUGGUGCGUUACUGUGUCACCGUCUGCAACCAGAUCGCCUCUCACCUGCACAUCUUCGUCUUCAAAAUCAAGCCCCCGAACACACUCCCCAACCAGCAAGGGCGCAACCACCAUUAGGGACCUCUUUUUGUGUUUUUCCACUUUUUGCAAAAAAAAAUAAAAAUAAAAAGGACAUGCGCUAUCUUGAAAUGAAUGUAAAACCAGUACAGCCGAUGGUGAGAAUAUACGAGGAAAAAGUUCAAAGGAAAUUAUUUAUUUCAAUCACUGUCUUGUGCAAUUUUGUUCUGUGUCCAGAAUGGUCAGAUUAAUGGUCUCCUGACUAAAAGAGGAAAGGUUU